AUCUUCAUGUAAACAAGUAAUGAAGAACUGACAGACAUUUUAUGUCAACAUCUUUAUCAUCAGGCCUUUUCAUAUGGUUUUGUUCUGAUGUCAUGUCAUCAAGUUAAAAGCAUGUAGUUCUUUAAUGAAAGCAUCCCCAUGUGGCAGCUCGGGUGUUCGCUAUAAAAGCACAGUGUUGCUCCAGGAGCGCUCAUUCAGGUGCGGGGAGUCGAGCAGAGCGGAGAGACGCGCACUCACAGCGCGCUUUAAAUCUGUGACUAAACACAUUAGGAUCGCGUGCUGAACCUGUAGGAUGACUUUUAGGAAAACAUCUCUGUAGCGCAUGGAAUAUUAUAAAAAUCGUUUGGAUGCGUAAAGCCGUGCCAUGCAGGGGAACAGCAGCGCGUUGGCACCGGGUUUAGCGUCGUGCGGUCCGGCUUUAUAUGAGAGCGAUGCGCUGCAGAACCGGACUCUCCAGAACCUGUCCCUGCGCUGCUGGCUGCAGCUGCUCUCCAGAGAGUCCGCGCCGGAGCUCUACGGCGACAGCUCCAGCAUGGCCAUGCGCGUCGUGAUCGCGCUCGUCUACCUUAUCGUGUGCGCGCUGGGGCUCGUCGGGAACCUGUUGGCGCUUUACCUGCUCCAGUCGCGCCACAGACUCAAGCAGUCCUCCAUCAACUGCUUCGUCAUGAGUUUGGCCGUGACCGACCUGCAGUUCGUCCUGACGCUUCCCUUCUGGGCCGUGGACACCGCUCUGGACUUCAGAUGGCCGUUUGGGAAGGUGAUGUGCAAGAUCAUCAGCUCGGUCACCACUAUGAACAUGUACGCCAGCGUCUUCUUUUUGACGGCCAUGAGCGUGGCGCGCUACUGCUCUCUGUCCUCUUCUUUGCGCAUGCAGAGUCCCAAAACAGCCUCGGCGGAGGUCAAGUGGGCUAGUUUGGGGAUUUGGAUCGUGUCUGUGGUGGCCACCAUCCCGCACGCCGUGUACUCGACUACCGCGCAGGUGUCCGACGACGAGCUGUGCCUCGUGCGCUUUCCGGACUCGGGUAGCUGGGACCCGCAGCUGCUUCUGGGUCUUUAUCAGACACAAAAGGUGCUUUUGGGUUUUGUGAUCCCACUGGUCAUCAUAUGUGUGUGUUACCUGCUCCUUCUGCGCUUCGUCCUGCGGCGGCGGGUAACCGGGAUCCCCGGCUCGGAGAGCGAGAGAGGGAGGCACAAGCGCCGCUCCAAAGUCACCAGAUCGGUUACCAUCGUGGUCCUGUCCUUCUUUCUGUGCUGGCUGCCCAACCAGGCGCUUACCAUGUGGGGGGUGCUGAUCAAAUUCGACCUAGUGCCGUUCAGCAACGCGUUUUAUAACGCGCAAGCCUACGCGUUCCCCAUCACCGUGUGCCUGGCGCACACCAACAGCUGCCUGAACCCGGUGCUGUACUGUCUGAUCCGGCAAGAGUACCGCACUGGACUCAAGAAGCUGCUGUUUAGAGCCACGCCGUCCAUCCGGAGCCUGGCCAAACUGGUGUCCCGCGGGAAGAAGGUGGCGGAGGCUCCGGCCGGGGUGGCCGUGGUGCAGAUGGAGAUCGGUAUGUGACGUCAGGAUAAAGAGAUCCACUUUGAACUUUUAAACGCAUCUUUGUAUACCUCUGCUCCGCGACACGGAUUGGCAAAUAUCAGACAUUAAUGACACAAAAUGAAAUGAUUUUACUGGUUCAAAGUUUGGACACAUUUUCUGAUAAAGGCAUAUUGCGUUUUUAUUAUUAUUAUUUAUACACUCUUCAAAAAUAAAUGUUCCAAAAAAAAAAAAAAAAGAGUUUUCCAUAGAGAAUUUUGGUUCCUCGAAUGACAUUUCCUAUUAGAAUUGAUUUUAGUUUGUAAAAAUAAAUAUUUGAAUGUUCUAAAGAAGAUUUAAUAGAUGAUAAAGUGCUCUGUGGAACCAUCAAUGCCAGUAAGGGCGUUUAUUCUUAAGAGUGUAUUCGUUUUCCAUAAUAGCAUGAACAGCUACUUUUUAAAAAGCUGAAACAAUAAAUUUUGUUUAUGUAUUUAUUUAAAACGUUGAACCAAAGUUGGCAAAGUAAAAGCCAACAAAUGUUUCGCAUGUUGCUUUAUCGAUAAACAGUUUAAACUCUUCUUUUUAUUGCUUUAUAGUUUUAAUUAAUAUAAUUAUACAACAAUUUUUUAUAACAUUUCUAUUUAUAAUUUUUUUAAUAUGAAAAUGUAAACCUAUGCUAAUACAUAAUUAGCACAUUUUUCGCUAUUUCACUGUGAUCAUGUGUUUUCAUAGUUCUUAAACAGCAAAAUAAUGAUUUGCAAAUAAAUAAUAAAUAGAGCUUUUUCUUCACCCCUAAAAAAUAUUUCUACUUCUCAAUUUCAAAUAUUUUUUUGUAAUAACUGGACUCAAGUGGUGGCGCAGAGGGUAGCACUGUCGCUUCACAGCAAGAAGGUCGCUGGUUUGAGCCAUGGCUGGGUCAGUUGGCAUUUCUGUGUGGAGUUUGCUUGAGCUCCCCAUGUUGUCGUGGGUCGAAAGACAUGUGCUAUAGGUGAAUUGGGUAAGCUAAAUUUUCAGUAGUGUAUGUGUGUGAAGAAAUGUGUA